AUGGCUUUACGACACUCGCAGCACCCUAACCCUGUUCCCAAUGAAGACGAUUCAGUUGGCCAGCCUUCCUCAUCUGCAAGGCCCUCACAACUCGACACUAUCAAGAAGAACUUCCACGGACUAUUUAACGGUAUUCACCAGGGCCGCGAAUAUGACAAGAGAGCAGGUCCCCGUGACAGCGUUGGAGGGUCAGCAAACAGCUUUAACAAACCCACCAAUGACGAUGCCAACCCCCCUGAGAAUAUUAUCCAACUCCUGAACAACAAUGAAGGCAACGUCAAAGAUGACAUCUACAAGUCCCCUGAAUUUCAAGCCAUGGAAGCCUAUUACAAGGAACUGGACCAGUCCUGGGAAUCGGGCCAGCACGAAGCGGAGCGGCAUCGUCAGUUAAUGGACAUGCGGCUUCCUAUCCCCGAGACCAUCAAGUCUGGGGACUUUCCGGAUUUCCCUGCGACGCCUUGUCAUAUUUUAAUUAUGCCAUUAGAGAAAGUUAACAAGUUGCUGAAACUCCUGGAACAGCCGACGCGUGAAGAUGUUGAAAUGGCUCGUAAGCAGCUCGCUUUUACUCUCGGUAGUCACGACGCUCUCGAAGCUCUUAAUAGUUACGAUCAGUUCGACGUUCUCAAGGCCCGGCUCCGAAGCAUCGAAGACGCCGGUAAGAAUCCUGUGUAA